GAAAGCUCUCAAAAAAAUUCCCAGCCGUCAGAUACAGUGUGGCGGCGCGAGGCGAGUGGCCGACGUACGCGCCGUCGCCUCCUUCCUUCCAGAUCCGCGGCGAGCCGCCAACCAGGAAAACAAAAAGGAUGGAAUUGAAUUUUGAUGCACGGUGGAAAAGGGACUUACUUGCCCUGAGCAAAUACAACGUUAAUGGUAAAGAUAAAGCAAUUACAGUAAGAAAUGAUUAUCCGGACUACCUUGUCCCUUAUUUUCAAGUUACCGAGGGUUUUAAUUUCAGAAAGGUCAAGGAGCUUAUGCUAGAAGGGGAUAUUAAGAUCGCCAAGUCCAUAGCAAAUGACAUAAUCAUCCCAGACCCUGCUCCCCAGUGGGUGUCUGAUAACUUCUUGGACAAAUAUGCCGAAUUGGAGCCCAUCCUUGUAAAGGAUAGUGCCCGGUGCUUCCUCCAACUCUUCCAGAACUGUAGAGGUCGGGGCAUGUCAUCGGAUCUUACCAUCACCCCACAAACCUUAACCUUCAUUGUCAGUUUCAAUGCCCUGCGAUGUGCAAAAGUCGUAUUGGAGGGCAUGGCACCUGGGCUCUAUGGGAUGCACGCCAAUCCCAACUGCAUAAACAAAUAUGGAUACUUCCCGCUCCACGAAGCUGCUGAAAGGUUCUCUCUUGACAUGAUCAAGCUGCUUUUACGCCAUGGUGCAUCGCCCAAUGUGCGCACAGUUGGCAAUGAUGCCAUUUUUGAUGUCAUUGAGAAUCUACUCCCGCUCCAUGUCGCAAUUGAGAAUACUUGCCUGCAUAAGUAUCUGGAGGACAAUCUUUCUCGCAGCCAGAGUCAUCUGGAUUAUAUUUACAAGCUUAUUCAUCUGCUGUGUCUACCUGAAAUGAAGGUCUUCUUGGACACAACUAGACUGCUUGCAGAAAAAACAAAUAAUGUACUUCAAGAGCUCUGGAAUUACAUUGAGGAUGGAAAAAUUAUCCAGUCUGCUGUUCUACUACUGGCUGCUCAAGAGCAGAUCCGUGGGGGCAGUUCUUCCAAGAUAAAUGGCAGUAGUAAGAAAAAUGGGUUUGACAUUAUCAAUAAAUGUAUAAUGAGGCGUUCAUUUGCCUUGAGAUGGGAGAAAGGUUCACAUGCAAUGGCACCGGAGCUUCUGGAGGAAAGGAAGACACUUACUGAUUGCGCAUGGCUGCUUGUUGAUGUAAUUUCCCAUGCCGGUGAAGAUCUUUCUGCAUACAUUCAAACACAUUCUGAGGUGCCCCAUGUGAAGGUCUUUCAACAUGUUUCACGUAUCCUCAAGGAGUAUGGAUUUUGCCCUAAUGGAGAUCCCAUGGACACUAUAAACCUCCAGCCUUAUGACUGCAGAAAGUCAAACGGAGAGUCAUGCAAAGGGCUUACAGAUGCAAACAUGGCAGUUAUGGAAUCGGCCAAUCUGGAUGCUGCAGAGGAAAAGGUCACAACCGUUGGAAAUGACAACCUCUCCCUUAUGGCACGGCAGCACACCAAACAAACACAGGUUGUGAGAAAGAAAGUAGGCGGAGGAUGGGAUCCCACAUACACAAGGAGAAGUUUUUUCCCACAUUGGAGAUCAGUGUUACAAGCCCGGCUUCCUUUGAAGGUGUAUCCAGCCUAUGCAAGCUCAGAUCCUAGUCCAAAUCAUAAACUUGGUCCAGUGCGAAGAACCUUGCCACUUACAAGCAACAAUCAACCCAGAAGGUGCUUUGCCACUGCUGCUAUUGGUGCAUUCAGGCUCUUGAAGGUGCUAAAGUAAAGUAGAAAGGGAAUUCUCAACCCCGGGAAAUAUUUUUGCAACACAUUUGAUCCUGUGGACAGGGUAGUAUAUUUUAGUCAACCAAACACCCAACACUUGUUAAUGCAGUGGCUUCUGUUGAUGCUCACCAUGGUGCUGCUCCAUUAGCUAAACCAUGUUAAAGCUUGCAUUCAGAAUGAGAGGCUUCUAUUGAUGCUCACCGACAUGGAGUUUUUUUUUUUUUGACGAUCAUUUUUUUUACAUGGAGUUGAGUAGUGCUUCUUCAAUCACCAGCCAAAGGAAAGCUGGUGAUAUCUGGAUUGAGUGGGGAAAAUGACUGGGCUGAACUAACUUUCUGGCUUAUGAUGCCGAACAA